AUGGACAACGCUCAAUUCAUACAAAAAGCCAUACGCAAUAUAGAUAACGCAGACCACAUUAAACAACUCCUCGAGACUCACCCGGAAGCUCAACAAGACAUCAAUGAAAGAGACGAACAUGGCGAUACGCUGCUUCAUUUUGCAUCUCGAGUUCACAACAUGGAUGUCAUGGCGGCAUUGCUUGAAUUUGGUGCUGAUCCAGAAGCUGUCAAUGAACAUGGCCGAAGACCGAUUCAUGAAGUGAUUGACUCAUUUGCCUGUGUGCAGUUUCUGGUAGAGAAAUACCAUGUGGAUGUGAAUGCGAUGAAACGAGGUGACUGGACACCAGUGAUGAUUGCUGCUCUGAAAGGAAACCUAGCGAUUGUCAAAUUUUUGACAGAAGCAGGCGCAUUACUGAACCGACAUACAAAGGACGGCAGAACUGCACUCUAUUUAGCAGUACAAGAAGGUCACAUAGAGCUGUCAAAAUACCUGACAGAUCAAUAUCCAGCAGCAAUAACACAGGCCACAAAUUCAGGCCGCUUCCCCACACAAGCAGCCGCUGCAUUACACAACGAUCAUGAUGCCGCUAUGGAAAUCAGCUAUUAUUUACUAUCACACGCCAUCAUACCAUUACCCAAACUACUUGGGCACCGUGACAACUCGGGCCGAAAUAUGCUCUUGGAUUCAGCAGUGUCACAAAACUUGCCAUUGUUGAAAUUUUUAUUGGAUCAAGGAGCAGAUGCGAAUGAUGCAGACUCACUGGGUCGAAACAUGAUCCAUCAUGCUGCUAUGAUGGGCCAUUUAAAUGUCCUGGAAAUGCUCAACACGCUUAAGGGAUUAAAUUGGAAUGCACCAGAUGCGUGGGACAAUUGGACUCCAUUAAUGCAUGCAGCUAGACAAGGUCAUUUUGAUAUUGUCAAAUAUCUGAUGGAAACGAUCCAGGUCGAUCCCAGCAGCAAGGAUAAGCAGGGAAGAACAGCACAGACAUUAGCUUCUUUGUGGCAUCAUGAUGCUAUUGCUGCCUACUUGUCUUUUGCAUCGAGAUGA